AUGGUCAAAGAAUGUAUAGAAAAGCGUACCGGCCGACCCGAUACUGAAUUAGUACGAGAUACGCCUGAAGAAGAGCUUAUAAUUGAAUUAGCACUAAUCGCUGCUAUUCGUCAACAAUUGAAGAAAACACUGGAAGAUUUCGAGCAGCAGCAAGUAGAGAAUCGCACAGCGCGUCAACGUCUUGAGUACGAUUGGAGCGACAAAAAGGAAGCCUACGAAAUGGACGCCAUUAAUGUAGGUCUCAAUAAUUAUUCGAAGACCAUAAUGUUCCGACCAGGCGCAAUACGCCAACCUGCUGAACAAGCCUCCGAGCAGUAUUGGGAACAUUUUAGUAAAGAAACUUUAGAAGAAUGUGAGAAGUGCCGUCAAAAAUCAAUUAAACUACGCCAGACGCUCAAUUCGAUAUUAAUGAAUGCCGCACGUGAUAUUCGUAUCCAGGCUAAUGUGGUAGAGCGUGCUUUUAUAGCUCGCAUUAAUUGUACUCAAGAAAACCUUCAACGCUUCGAAAACGAAUUACAUGCUUGGGACAACUAA